AAUGCGGCGUGCGCAAUGUUAAGGUGGGGUAUGGGACCCCGAUACGGGCCUUCCUCGCAGUCACAGCCUGUAGUGGCGAGGUAGCCCGAGGCAGGUGGCGGGUGUGGUGGACGUGAUCGCGGGUGGUGCGACGCGCAUCAUCUCGUUUUGGCGGACUUGAACUUAAUAACUAAGUGCUUCUGGCUUCCAUGUGUGCUUGUGAAUUGGCGCCGCAAAGAAGCGCGGUUAAGUUGGGUUGGCACGGUCGAUGGAUGCAGUCGCCCUCGCCAGCGCUAUUGACGCUUGGUAUGAGGAGCAAGGUUUGGCGCGUAUGUUAGGAGCAAGCGUGCCCGCGUUGAGGAAGAGGGCUUCAGCAACUCGGAACCGUUGCGCUCCGGGCGACCGAAGAGGCGGGCGGCAAACACACGAUGGGACCCAUCCCGAGGCGAAGAACUUGCUCUUAAGCCCCGCACCCUCGCCUGGAACCUUUACGUUUGCAGCGACUCGCUUCUUACAUACGCAAGUACUGUAACACGACCACGCGCCUUUUGGUCGCUGGUCAAGUCCGCGCAACUUCCCUCCAUCCAUCGCGAGUCGCGCCUUCCCGCUUCCAAGCCCCCUCCUCAAACAUGAAGAUUGCCUGCAUCGGUGCUGGCUACGUGGGUGGCCCCACGAUGGCCAUGGUGGCGCUGAAGUGCCCCGAGAUUGAGGUGGUCGUCGUUGACAUCAACGAGGAGCGUAUCAAGGCCUGGAACAGCGAGAAGCUGCCGAUCUACGAGCCUGGCCUGUUCGAGGUGGUGAAGGAGUGCCGCGGCCGCAACCUGUUCUUCUCCACUGACACCAAGAAGCACGUGGGCGAGGCUGACAUUGUGUUCGUGUCCGUCAACACGCCCACCAAGACCCACGGCAUUGGCGCCGGCCGUGCCGCCGACCUGACCUACUGGGAGGGCGCCGCCCGCCUGAUCGCCUCGGUGUCCACCAGCAGCAAGAUUGUGGUGGAGAAGUCGACUGUGCCCGUCAAGACCGCCGAAGCCAUCGGCAAGGUGCUCAAGCGCAACUGCCAGGACCCCAACGUCAACUUUGAGAUCCUGUCCAACCCCGAGUUCCUGGCUGAGGGCACGGCCAUGGAGGACCUGAAGCACCCCGACCGCGUGCUCAUUGGCGGCGCCGACACCGAGAGCGGCCAGAAGGCCAUCCGGACCCUGGCCGAGGUGUACGCGCACUGGAUCCCCCGCGAGCGCAUCCUCACCGCCAACCUGUGGUCGGCUGAGCUGGCCAAGCUGACCGCCAACGCCUUCCUGGCGCAGCGCAUCAGCUCCGUCAACGCCAUCAGCGCGCUGUGCGAGGCCACCGGCGCCGACGUGAGCCAGGUGGCGCACGCCAUCGGCACGGACAGCCGCAUCGGCCCCAAGUUCCUGAACGCCUCGGUGGGCUUCGGCGGCUCAUGCUUCCAGAAGGACAUCCUGAACCUGUGCUACGUGUGCGAGAGCGUGGGCCUCAAGGAGGUGGCCGACUACUGGCUGCAGGUGGUGUCCAUGAACGACUACCAGAAGCAGCGCUUUGUGGAGCGCGUCAUCGGCGCCAUGUUCAACACCGUGUCGGGCAAGAAGAUCGCUGUGUACGGCUUUGCCUUCAAGAAGGACACGGGCGACACUCGCGAGACGCCCGCCAUUGACGUGUGCAAGGGCCUCAUCCGCGACGGCGCCAAGUGCUGCAUCUUCGACCCCGAGGUCAAGGCCGAGCAGAUCUUCCGCGACCUGUCCGCGCCCAAGUUCGAGUGGGACCGCCCCAACUACAGCCGCAGCCAGAGCCACAUGCUGGAGAAUGUGCAGGUGCAGUCGGACCCCAUCGCCGCCGCCGACGGCGCGCACGCCAUCUGCGUGCUGACUGAGUGGGACGAGUUCAAGCACUACGACUAUGCGGCGCUGUACGAGAAGAUGGUCAAGCCCGCCUUCAUCUUUGAUGGCCGCAACAUCCUGGACCACGCCAAGCUGCGCGAGAUCGGCUUCAUCGUCUACGCCCUGGGCAAGCCCCUGGACCCCUUCCUGGUCAAGGGCUAUUAAGCGGCGCGCGGCGAGGGAGGCAGCAUCAGUGGCGAGCGGCGCUGGUGCGCGGCGGCUGCAGCCGGCGGAGAGGGACGCUCUGGGCUUUGAGCUGCUGUUGGCGCGUGUGGAGCUGCGUAGGAGCACAUAGCUGGAGCUAGGGUCUGGAGCAGGAGGUUACUGUAGCUGCGACAUUAGUAGGAAUAGCAGGUAACGGUGAGGUUAGGCGAUUCACCGCCUACGGCGAGACGCGGACACAGUGCAUUCAUCCGACGGGAAGGAGCAGAGCAGCGAGUGCAGGAGUGUCGUUGCAUGAGGUGAUGUGAGCUCUAAUCCGGGACCGAGGCAUACACAUGGCUAAAGUAGAUAAUGAUACGCGUAUGGCUGAGUGCUGCAGGCGGCCGCAAAAGCCAGCGGGCCGAGAGCGUCAGUCUCGACUGUCCGAGUGCGUGACGCGGGCAGGGAAUCCCGGACCAGAAUUCGAACGUUACCAACUGACCGAACUGCGUGGGGUGAUGUGAGUUUUGACCUGGCUUGGACGCGUGACCACGUGUUGACAUGCAAGUGUGUGAGGUACAGUUUUGGACUUUUGGUGAUCUCGAACAACAUAUGAUAGAAAGCAAACAGACAAGUGUGGCUAUGAGGGUGCAAUCCAGGUGCUGGGGCCGGGGGCCCUGAGUAUGUUGCGUUCAGGGUCUCUGGUAUGCCCCACACGGCAUGCAGGAGAUGCAAGGUCCCAGCAUGUAAAACCGGUGGCUUGACUUAUACCACCAGCAAUUCUGGGAUUUGGCCUCACAAGGCUUUGGGAGUGUGGGGGUCCCAUCAUACUUAGCAGGACUGGCGAUGGCACUGGGGGCCGCGGAAGCUGCCGGAUUAGGCCGGAUUCAACCGCCGGGCCUGGCAUUGGAGUCAGAACGCUCGCAAUGUGACCUUUAUUCCAAGCCAUAAUAGGAUGAAUUAAGUGCACACCUACA